AUGAUUCAGCAAUUAUCAGUUGUGUACUGGCGGGUCCUUGACGGAUACCAGCCAUUGUGUUGCACCAGUGCUGUUACAGUGUGUUCACCUGGUACGUACGGCUACGAAUGCGAGCAACGAUGCAAUUGUUCGGAGCCGGGCCAACCGAAGGCAUGCCACCACGUCACCGGCACCUGUUCGUGCCUACCUGGACUCACUGGAGUGAUGUGUGAUAUACGUGAGUGCUCGCUGCUUGUCCGGCCGGCCUUUAUGGUCCAAACUGCGCACAUGAGUGUGUCUGCCAAAACGGGAGCCGAGUGUAACGCCAAGGAUGGCUCGUGUAUCUGCCCUCCAGGAUUUUAUGGAGCAAGCUGCAGUGAAGUCUGCCCAGCUGGCCGGUACGGCACCGAUUGUAUGAAACUAUGCGACUGCCAAAAUGGAGCCAUGUGCAGCCCUGUGGACGGAAAAUGUGAAUGCCGACCGGGUUUCACGGGAGACAAUUGCGAGGAAGGAGAAAAACAUCACAGUUCAUUAUUAUUGCUGUUGCAGGACUGCUUGCAACGUUGCGAUUGUGCCAAUGGUAUGCACUGCGAUCCGUCUGAUGGCGAAUGCAUCUGCCCUCCUGGCAAGAGAGGAGCUAAAUGUGAACAAGAUUGCGAGCCGGGACAUUUUGGCGCUGGCUGUCGAGGCGUUUGUACUUGUGCCAACGGCGCCACCUGUGACGCCGUUUCUGGAGCUUGCACAUGCACUCCCGGCUGGAGAGGAAAACGAUGUGAUCGACCUUGCCCUGACGGACGUUAUGGUGCCGAGUGCCGCUUCAUUUGUGACUGUGCUACAACAAAUGAUACUGCACUGUACAACCCAUUUGUUGCACGUUGCGAUCACAUUACUGGAGACUGCCGUUGUCCUCCAGGAUGGACGGGACCGGAUUGUGCGACACCAUGUCCUCCUGGAAGAUGGGGAUCUGGCUGCGGUAGUGAGUGUGAGUGCUCGAAUGGCGCGACAUGUGAUCGUCUCACCGGGUUUUGCGACUGCCCUGCUGGAUUCAUGGGGAAGAAUUGUGAAACAGAUGCGAGCGUCCGUGCCCUUCUGGACAUUUUGGAGCAAACUGCGAAGAGGUGUGCGAAUGCGAGAAUGGAGCCACCUGUGAUGCAAUCAGCGGGCACUGUUCAUGUCAAGCAGGAUGGAGAGGAAGAAAAUGUAGCAGACCUUGCCUCAAAGGAUACUUUGGCCGUCAUUGCUCACAAACAUGUCGUUGUUCCAAUCAAAAGCCUUGCGAUCACAUCACUGGCAAGUGUCAAUGUCCUAAAGGAUACACUGGUCACGGAUGCACAGAGCUUUGCCCCGAUGGGACGUUCGGCGAUGGUUGUCGCCAGACAUGUGAUUGCGAUGAAAAUGCCCACUGCGAUCCAAUUACGGGGAAAUGCUUCUGCAAAUCGGGCUAUUCCGGAGACGACUGCAAAAAAGGUUGCGCCCAAGGGCCGCUUCGGCCACGACUGCUCAGAACUAUGUGACUGUGCCAACGGUGCAUUGUGCGAUAAACAAAGCGGUGCUUGCCUUUGCCCACCAGGAUUCAUUGGCACAAAGUGCGACACACCAUGUCCACCUGGGCGAUUCGGAGACAGGUCUUACUUCUUUUUGUGCUUUUGUGCAACUAGCUACUCUACAAAUAAAGCUCUUUGUAGCAAUCUCCAUUCAAACCCUUAA